AUAUUUGCACCACCUCUCACCUGCACAAACACAACAUGGCACCUGCUGGUCGGGGUGUUGUUGUGCUUGCACUGUCAUUGCUUUAUGUAUGUCGACCGGCUUUUUCAACAGAAUUUUUCUCUACUCUCACUUUCUUCAACAGUGAUCUGCAGAAACAUGGAUGUAGCUCCUACUCCGACUGGGAAGACUACACAGCAGAAUGUGAGUCUUCCAUUUUGCAAUUUGAUGACUCAGACUGUGAAAAUGGAGGAAAUCAACCCUGUGCAUCGGUUUUUUCCCUGGAUACAGAGAAGAUUCUGAGCCAAGCAAAGCUACUAGCAGAACACAGGAGAUUACCUUUUGCAGUUGACAACCAGAAUACAAAUGAAGAGUUGGCAAUUGGUUAUGUGCUGAUUGGAAGUGGUUUGUAUGAUGAAGCAAUAAAACAUUUUUCAUCACUCUUACAGGGGGAUCCAGAGUUGGUUAGUGCUAUUUAUGGAAGAGGGGUUGCAUAUGGAAAGAAAGGUCUGCAGGAUAUUAAAAAUGCUGACCUGGCUCUGUUUGAGCUGAGUCGAGUUAUUACUCUUGCACCAAAUCGACCAGAGGUGUAUGAGCAGCGAGCAGAGAUUCUGUCUCCGCUGGGGCGAACCAGCGAAGCAUUAAAUGAUCUCACCAAAGCCAUCCAGCUCCAUCCGUCUGCACGACUUUACAGACACAGGGGUACUCUUAAAUUUAUAUCUGAGGAAUAUGAACAGGCCCUGGAGGACUUCCAGCAGUCUCUGGAGUUAAAGAAGAAUCAGCCAAUCACAAUGCUGUAUAAGGGCUAUACUUUCUUCCACAGGGGAAUGCUGAAGGAAGCUAUUGAAACAUUCAAAGAAGCCCUCAAGCUUAAAACAGAUUUCAUAGAUGCAUACAAAAGUCUCGGCCAGGCCUACAGGGAGCUUGGUGAUUUUGAAGCUGCCAUGGAAAGCUUCCAGAAGGCUUUGAUGUUAAAUCAGAAUCACAUUCAGUCUCUUCAGCUCCGAGGAAUGAUGCUUUACCAUCAUGGCAGUCUGCAGGAAGCUUUAAGAAAUUUUAAGAGGUGUCUCCAGCUUGAACCUUACAAUGAGGUUUGCCAGUACAUGAAAGGCCUAAGCCAUGUUGCUGUGGGUCAGUUUUAUGAAGGUAUUAAAGCUCAGACAAAAGUAAUGUUAAAUGACCCUUUGCCAGGCCAGAAGGCAAGCCCUGAAUAUCUCAAAGUAAAAUACCUCAGAGAAUACUCUCGCUAUUUGCAUGCACAUCUUGACACCCCAGUCACAGAAUACAGUGUAGAUCGGGAGCUUCCUGGAAACUUCAAGAACCACUGGGCUAAAAACCUUCCUUUUCUAAUUGAAGAGUAUGAGGAGCAGCCCGGAUUGCAGCCACAUAUUAAGGAUGUUCUACCUCAGAAUUUCAAAAGCUAUAACCCAGAAAUUCAGAAACUGAUUUGCACUGCAGAUUACCUAGGUGCCCUUAUGCAAUAUGAUACACCAGGAUUCCUUCCCAAUCACCGAAUACACAGAGCCAUGGGACUAGCAACAUUAGAAGUGAUGCAGGCCAUUCAGCGAACAUGGAGUAAUUCCAAAGUGCGUGUCAAUGGCAAAACGAGACAAAUGCAGUGGAGAGAUAUGUUUGACAUUGCAGUUAAAUGGAGAAGGCUUGCAGACCCAGACCAGCCAGUGCUAUGGCUAGACCAGAUGCAAGCUAGAAGCCUGAGUCGAGGCUUCAACAAUCAUAUCAAUCUAAUCAGGGGACAAAUAAUCAAUAUACGUUAUUUGGCAUAUUUUGAUAAAAUCCUUAGCUUCAUCAAAGACAGGAUCCUUGUUUAUCAUGGAGCCUAUAACCCAAGAGGACUUUUAGAAGUAAGACAGGCCUUGGAGGAUGUUAAUAAAGUUGAAGACCUUCUUCCCAUAAUGAAGCAGUUUAACAGCAAAACCAGAGACGGGUUUACAGUGAACACAAAGGUACCCAGUUUAAACGAGCCAGGAAAGGAAUAUGAUGGAUCUACAAUAACUAUUACAGGAGACAGAGUUGGAAGCAUGUUGUUUUCUGUGGAAACGCAGACAACAGAAGAAAGGACACAGCAGUAUCAAUUGGAGAUUGAAUCUCUGUACAAGGAUCUGACUACAAAAGGAAAGGCACUAAUGCUGUCUACUGAGCUUGGGGAUGCAGAGGCUGUAUGCAAUCUAAUCCUUUCGUUGGUUUAUUACUUUUAUAAUUUAAUGCCUCUCUCUAGAGGUUCCAGCGUGGUAGCUUAUUCUGUGGUUAUGGGUGCACUGAUGGCUAGUGGGAAGGAGGUAAUGGGAAGAAUACCCAAAGGAAAGCUGGUUGAUUUUGAAGCCAUGACAACAUCUAGCCCUGAGGCCUUUGGCAAAAUUUCAAAAAGCUGGAUGGAUCUGAAAAGCCUUCCAGACUGGUACAAAAGUCUUCCAUCUGUAGCAGAAACGUUUCCAACAACAAGAACAAUGAUCGAGGUUCUGAACACAGACUCCACUUCUCAGUGCCCAAAAAAAUCCUAACAGUAGAUAACGCAGUAGUGAAGGACCAGCGCUUUACAUGCACUGUCUUCUCGGAAUCCACGGAGGUCCCACCUCAUGGGAAAUGUUAGGCUCAGUAACAGGUAAAAGGAAAACCACUUGCAAUCCAACGUAUCAUAAGUAUACAUUUUAAGAAGGUAAAGUCACCCAUUCCUUCACUUUAAUGGUUCCACACAUACAUCCAGGUUCUGGGUAGUCAAUUACUGAACGAUACCUUAUUUUCAGGUUCAGUGCCACAUAGGGGCUUCCAUAUAUUCUGAGCAGCAAGUGCAUCUAAAGAUAUUUUAGCCAUGGGUGUAAAUUAAAUUAAUGUCCUUUGCUACUUUUUGAUAUUUUUUGAUAAAAAAAAAAAAUGGAAUACUACAAUUCUAGUUGGUACAUUCAAGAGUCUUUGCCAUGUUGGAGUUUCCCUUAAUUAUUUUGCAACAUUGACUGAAAGAUAUGUGGUCAUUUAAAUGGAUAAGAACAAGAAAUGGUAAGGAGUGCCCUUCAGUACAAUAAUUCCCGAAAUUGCACUUUUCAAACACUGUAGCUUUAUUUUGUAUGUUUUGAAUUAGGAAAUAUGCCACUAACAUCAGACAUGUUCAGGGAUAGCAACUAUAUUUAACUGUGAACAGGACAACACAAUGUGCAGCUAUUUCUUCAUAAUGCUAAUGUUUGUGGGGGAUAAAAGAAACAAAAAAAAGUGAUAACAUCAGUUAUCUCAAGUAGUACUUGUGCAUUUUUUUUAUCAUUUACAUUUUAUUAUUCAAAUCAGUAUCGUUGCUGUUUGGCAGAGAAUUUGCACUAUGUGAGUUCACCACAUUUUACAGAGAAUUAUUUUCUGUACAGGUUAAUGUAGUUGGGGAAAAUAACAGUUUGUCACUGGCCCAGGACCUUAUCUUUGUGGAGAAAAUUGUUUCAAGAGAAUCGGUUCAUCUCUGGUUAAUAAAAUGUUUGACAAUUUA